AUGUCGGAACCUACGGCGACGCACGUUGACGCUGAAAGCAAUAGUGUCCAGGUACUCCCGGCUUCGUUCUACCCAUCAAGGCUGUCUCAUGCGUCGCACCGGAGGAGGGAAGAUGGAAUCCGUGCAUUGCUUCCCCUGGAGAGCCGUCCAGGUCUCAUCUCGCUUCUCGUGGGGAAACCCAACUCGGAGACGUUUCCGAUCACUUCGAUGCAGUUCAACAUACGUGACACUGCUUCACCGAAUGGAGAAGCGACGAUGCAGCUAACCGAAGAGGAGCUAAAUGACGGGCUCCAGUACACAUUUACCAACGGCCUGCCUGCCCUGCGAGAGUGGCUCUUCGGUCUGCAGGAGCGUCUCCACGGUCGACGUAAGGGCGAAGGCUGGACAAUCACCAUUGGUGCUGGGUCACAGGACAUGAUAUUCAAGGGAGUGAAUGCGCUCAUAAACCCCGGAGACGCCGUUCUAAUCGAGGCUCCUGUUUAUGCAGGAACCUUGACGAUAUUCCACACACUAGAUGCUGAAAUGAUUGAGGUUGAGACGGAUGGCCACGGUGUAUGCUCGCACAGCAUGCGCGAGAUUCUUGAAAACUGGCCACCAUCGAAACCGAAACCGAAGCUGUUUUACACGGUUCCAUACGGCUCUAAUCCAACUGGAAGCACCGCCACGCUCGAGCGGCGCCUCGAAGUAUUGGCCCUGAGCAGGGAACAUGACUUCUUCAUCUUGGAAGAUGAUCCGUAUUACAACCUGUACUUCGGACCAGCCAACAGACCACCGUCCUAUUUCGAACUGGAGAGAGAUCUGCCAGAAGUAGGCCGCGUGCUCCGCUUCGACAGCCUCUCGAAAAUCAUGUCGUCUGGGCUACGUGUCGGCUUCGCGUCUGGGCCCGAGGCCAUACUGAGAGUCAUGGACCUGCACAGCCAGGCGGUGAACCUGCAGGCGUCGUCCUUCUCGCAGAUGAUCGCGCUCAAGGUUCUGUCGGCGUGGGGGUACGACGGCUUUACGGCGCACACCGCGCGCGUGGCGCAGUUCUAUCGCGAGAAGAGGGACGUCUUCGAGGCCGCGAUGCAGCGCCACCUCGCAGGAUUGGCCGAGUGGACGUCGCCCGAGGCCGGCAUGUUCUUCUGGUUCAAGCUCCUAGGAAUGGAGGGCGACUCCGAGUACAUCAUUCGCACGACGGCGUUGGAGCGGGGAGUCCUCGCGCUUCCUGGUGCUGCCUUCUACCCCAACCCGCGCAAGACGGCGUACGUCCGCGCGUCAUUCAGUCUACUGCCCGAAGACCAAGUAAACGAAGCGCUGCGCCGCCUGCGUGAGGUCAUCGUGGAGGUGCGGAAGGCCAACAAGCGCGGCUGA